AUGUAUGGUUACGACCAAGGAGUCAUGUCCCCAAUCCUGGUUAUGGAAAACUUCGAGAACGAAUUCCCAACUCUCACUUCGCCGACACUUCAAGGAUGGCUCGUUGCUUCCCUUGAGCUUGGUGCCUGGUUCGGUGCUCUUUUCAACGGAUACCUCGCAGAUAAAAUCUCAAAAAAAUACAGUAUGAUGGUUGCCGUUCUCAUUUUCACACUCGGUACUGGUCUCCAAACUGGUGCUCAGAACCCAUCAUACUUUUUCGCAGGUCGUAUCAUCGGCGGUGUGGGUAUUGGUAUGUCCUCCAUGGUGAUUCCAUUAUACCAAGCAGAAAUUGCCCCUCCAGAACUUAGAGGAUCUUUGGUGUCACUUCAACAACUUUCCAUUACCAUCGGAACUACCAUUGCUUUCUGGCUCGACUUUGGAUUCUCCUUCUCUGGUGGAAAUAAGUGCAAGCCAGAGGGUAUUGCAGACCCAUAUCUCGCUGAUGGCGCAUUGCAAUUGAUUCCAGCAUGGACUCUUUUCAUUGGAAUGUUCUUCUUCCCAUUCUCUCCUAGAUGGUUGAUGUUGAAGCAUCGCGAAGAAGAGGCUAUUGCAUCUCUCUGCAAACUCAGACGUCUUGACGCCAAUGAUUCAUUAUUGCGAGCCGAAUUCCUCGAAAUUAAGGCCGCUGUCAUGUUCGAUGAGGAAACCCAAGCGAAGCAAAUUGGCGCUGGUGGAAUGAUGGCCCCGUGGAAAGCAUUAUUCGUUCCUCAUGUAUUCAAAAGAAUAUUCUUAGGAUGUGCUAUGAUGGUGUUCCAACAAUUUACUGGUAUCAACGCUGUCUUGUACUAUGCCCCUCAAAUUUUCGCCAGUUUUGGUUUCUCUAGCACUACCACUACUCUUCUCGCUACUGGGGUCACUGGUAUCUUGCAAGUUCUCUUCACUUUACCAGCUGUUUUGUACCUUGAUAAAUUCGGUCGCAAGACUUUCCUCAUUGCUGGUGCCAUUGGUAUGUGUAUCUGCCACAUCGUUGUCGCUGCCGUCGAAGGUGUUUACGAAGAUCAAUGGAACCUCAAUGAAGGCCUUGCUGUUACACAAGGAUGGGUCGCCAUUGUGUUCAUUUGGCUAUUUGCAGUCAACCUCGCCUAUUCUUGGGGACCUGUCACUUGGGUUCUUGCUCAAGAAAUCUUCCCAGCCAGUGUCAGAUCCCGUGGUGUCUCCCUUGUCGCAUCUACCAACUGGAUGUUCAACUUUAUCAUCGGCUUGACCACCAAAGACAUGCUUGACUCCAUGGAAUAUGGUAUAUACAUCUUCUUUGCUGUAUUCAGUGCCGGAGGUGGUUUCUUCAUCUGGAAAUUCUUCCCUGAAACUAAGGACAAGACAUUGGAGGAACUCGAUGUGUACUUCGGCGGUAGCAUUGACAGUAUUGCAGCUGCAGAUAAAGCAAGAAUGCAAAGCAUCAACGAGAGACUUGGUCUUGCUAAUGCCGGGCGACCCAAAGAUAUCAAGUUGAACAACGACGAGAAAAUUGCUACAACUACUCACCAAGAAUUGUAA